UUCAACAUCCUGAGACGGUAACAAAGCAGACUCCAGUUUCAAGGACUCAUCAGCUGGUUGCUAGGGACUCAUGGCUCCAUAGCAACAGCAGCAGAUUAUUGUGACAUGUCCAGUGGAGACAGUGAAGAUGGUGUCUGGAAAACAAGGUGUCCGGCCGAGAUUCGAUCCCUCAAAGAGAAUCUCGGAGCUGGCGCAGCAUAAAACCUCAAAAACAGUCUGGGAGACGACUCCUUGUGAGAAGGUGAGCUGGGGCAACCAGGAGCCGAUAUGGCCCAUCUCCACCGCCGCGCUCAAAGCUACUCCGACUGCAAGAAUCCAAUCCCUGGCCCAACACAAAAGAGACUUCUCAGCAAGGGAGGACCCCCGGAGGAAACAUGAAGAGGAAGAGGCGAGUGUCUUCAGGAAGACCAGGCAUCCUUCCUCAAAGACGUCUCAGUACGAAAACACUCUGCGAUUGUCUGCGCCCAGAACGAGGAGCCGCGGCCCUCAGGAGCCGGGGUCCCUUCACACACCUCUGUGUGACAACAACUGUCCCAUUUGGCACGUUGAUCCCCGAGUGAGAAACGUCAUCAUCACCGCUCGAUUGCUGCAGCUCUCACAACCCAAACAGACCCAUCCUGACUACUGCAGCAACAGGGAGAGCGCUGCUUCCAUCGUCUCCUUAGCGUCCAGAACAGCUCAGAUAUCUCAGCGACUCGCCCAGUUGUCGCUGCCCAAACUGAAGCAGAGCAACAUCUGCUACCAGCUGGGGCGCUUCGAGGAACCAAUCUGGAUUGUCUCAAGAGCAGCAAAAAAGGCUUCAGCAAGUGUUCGAGUUGAGACGCUGGCAGCACCAAAGCAGCUUCACAAAGAUUACAUUCCUCCACAAGAGCCAGAGUGGAGCCUGAGAGAUGCAAAGACCAAUAAGCUUCUGUGGAAAUACUAAGAAAAUUCUCUAUUUCUUAAAAUUGUUCCCAAAUUG